CCCACAAUCCAUCCUUAUUUUUCAGCUUUAGUAAGUGCUUCAGAAAAAAAAACGUUUCACUGAACCACGCGUGUUUACCGCCAACUUGUUUACGACGAACACACAACUCGGUUUUGCCAUGUCUUGAGAUAUCCCCCCUCAUCGUUUCCUUCGCCGUACGCUCUCUCUCCUCCCAUACGAACACGAUUACAGUGCUGCGUAUUGCAUGUAGACGGAAUGGACGUAUUCAAGAGCGGAACCCGAUGAAUGGGCGGCCGGAGAGAGAGGCGCUGAGGCCGAGCGAGGGCCACGCUGCCCCCGACAGGCGGGGAGGUGGAAGCGCGGGCAUGGAGUCGGCCGGGCCCGGGACGGGCCCCCCGGGGAAGGAGCCCUCCGACAGCGACUCGGAGGAGCGGGACCAGGAGCGGAGGACCGAGAACGGCGGUCCGAGGGCGCGGCCGGAGGCGCCGGACGGAGGCUGGGGCUGGGCGGUGCUGACGGCCAGCGUCCUGGUGCUGGCCCUCACCCUGGCCUUCCCGUCCUGCAUCGGCAUCUUCUACACCGACCUGCAGGCGGCGUUCCAGGCCAGCAACAGCGAGACGUCCUGGGUGCCCUCCAUUAUGACGGCGGCUCUGCACGCGGGAGGUCCUUUCUGCAGCGUUCUGGUGGAGCGGUACGGUUGCCGAGCGACGGUGAUGGUGGGCGGAGUCCUGAGCGGACUGGGCAUGGCGGCCAGCUCCUUCACCAACAGCAUCGUGGAGCUGUACAUCACUGCCGGCGUCAUCACAGGGCUGGGAUUCUGCCUGAGCUUCCAGCCGGCGGUGACCAUCCUGGGGCAGUACUUCGUCCGCCGGCGCGCCUUCGCCAACGCCAUGUCGUCCACGGGCACGGCCAUCGGCCUGUCCACGCUGCCCUUCCUGGCGGAGUACCUGCGCAGCGAGCUGGCCUGGAGGGGCAGCUUCCUGGUGCUGGGGGGCCUGCUGCUGAACUGCUGCGUGUGCGGGGCGGUGAUGCGGCCCGUGGGCCCCGGGUACGGGGCCCCCCCGCCGGCCCCCGCGCCGGAGCGCCGCGCCCGCUCCUGGCUGGCCGCGGCGAACGACGCGCUGGCGCGGAACAUGGCGUUCGACCAGUUCUCCGGCAACCUGCGCUUUCGGCUGUUCGCGCUGGGCGUGACCUGGAUGAUGCUGGGCUUCGUGGUGCCGCUGAUCUUCCUGGUGCCCUACGCCGCCGCGCACGGCAUGGAGCAGGGCCGCGCCGCCCUGCUGCUGGCCAUCCUGGGCUUCGUCAACAUCGCCGUGCGGCCGCCCGCCGGCCUGCUGUUCGGCCUGCGCUGGUUCCGCGGCCGGCACGUGUACGUCUUCUCCGCCGCGCUGCUGCUCAACGGCCUCAGCAACUCGGUGUGCUGCGCGGCGGCCAGCUUCCGCGUGCUGCUGGCCUUCGUGCUGGCCUACGGCCUCUCCAUGAGCGUGGUGGGCUCGCUGCUCUUCACCGUGCUGAUGGACGUGGUGGAGAUGAGCCGCUUCCCCGCCGCCCUCGGCCUGCUCGCCAUCAUGGAGAGCGUCACGCUGCUGCUGGGGCCCCCUGCCGCAGGCAUGCUGGUGGACUACACGGGGGACUACACCUACAUCUUCUUCAGCUGCAGUGUCAUCGUGGCCUCCUCCGCCGUCUUCAUCAUGGUGUCGUUCUACUGGCUGGACCGGCGGGACCGGGGGAUGAAGAGGCCCUCCGAGCCCCCGUCGGGCCCCCAGAAGACCGGGGGAACGGCCCCUCCAGACUGCCAGUACCGCAGGGUGACCACUCAGGCCGGGGAGGCCCCCCCCGCCGAGACUAUGGACGUCACCAGAUUGUGAACACAAACACACACACACACACACGUGUAAACGCGUGGGGCAUGCAGGAACGCACACACACACACGUAAACGCGUGGGGCAUGCAGGAACACACACACGCGCGUAAACGCGUGGGGUUACAGGAAUGCGCACACACACACACACGUAAACGCGUGGGGCGUGCAGGAACACACGCGUAAACGUGUGGGGUUACAGGAACGCGCACACACACAAACACACGUAAACGCGCGGGGCAUGCAGGAACGCACACAAACACACAUGCACGUGCGCAGACACACAGAAGCACGCAGACACGCAAUACACACGCACACGCACACACACACACACACACGCACACGCACACACACACACACAGACCUUAUUUGAGGGCACCUCAGUUGGGGGUGGGUGGGGACUAGCCCCCAUGCAGUGGAAGGUGGUACUGUUACGGUUCUGGUUACACUGGUUCGCACGCGGAGAAGAGCUUUUUUUUUCCAGAAGUAAUUGUUCCAACUUUGACUGAAGCCAGAGAGCACUUUAAAAUGAUUCUCACACACACACACACACACAGCCAAGUUUUUUUGUGUUGAGUCCCCCGUUUUCUCAUUACUGAGAGGUGGUAACUGUUGCUCAGGUGUUUUCUUAUGCGUGGGUUCUUCACACAUGAAAGGGCAGCAAGAGUCUAGUCUAGACUAAGCAGGAGACAAUCCUCCCCUGGAGCAAUGCAGGGUUAAGGGCCUUGCUCAAGGGCCCAGCGGCUGUGCGGAUCUUAUUGUGGCUACACCGGGAUUAGAACCACCGACCUUAGGUGUCCCAGUCCUUUACCUUAACCACUAUGCCACAGGCCUCCCGAGCCUUCCUUUUCCUCAGUGGGAGUUGCAUUGGGAGUCAAAAGGCAUAGACCACCAUGAAGACCAACGGGCUAACUGUACUUCGUGCUGCUCAUCUGUAAGCUGUGUCUGUGAAAUGGUAAAGCCAUAUACCAUAAAAUGAAAUGCAAUGAAGGGCAGGGUGUCUGCACUUUUUCCACAUAUUAAUUUUCUGAUCUUCAAAUUCAAAUGCCUUAAGUAUGUAGCAGAUAGAACACUGCACUGCACCGUUACCGCACAUUUUGAGGGCAAUUCCAAAAAUAUUCCCAUCAGUUACCAAUGCUUUUUGAAUUCAAUUAUAAUAUUCUCCUGUAGACUUUACCUCAUAUAUGUUUUUGUUCUUUCAAACUGAUGAUUCAUGAAUUACCAUAAGACAUGUUACAACUUUAGGCUUGCCAGUAUGGGACUUAUUAACCAGUAUAGGUUGCUGGUACUAAGUAGCAAAUUUGUUAGACCAUUAUCGUGACCCAUCAAAAUGAUUGCAUUCAAAUGCUUUCCUGGAAUUAACCCUUUAGAAACAAAUGGAGGCGCAUGUUUAAGUUUUAUCCUGAUCUCAUUUUGAAUUCAUAUUUUAGCCAUUAUGUUAUCUUGCUGAGCAGCAGCCUUGCCCAGCUUUUUUAAACCACCGUGCACUUAAAAUAUAAACUAUAUUAAACCAAAUAGUAAAAAAAACUGUGCUGUUAUAUUUCAUGUUGAUUAUUGCUGUUAAGGUUUAACACGUUUUUGUAAAGUGAGCUGCUUGUCCCUCGACCCAGCCAAAACGUUUUUAAAAGGGUGCACAACCCUUCAGACACCCAAUACGGCCAAAGAGUGUCCGUCCCUUGAACCACAAGCGACUAUCUGACUGAGACAAAGGCAAUGAGCUUCAGUUUCUCCUCCAAAUGUAGUUAUCCUGCCAUUUUGUGUGCUGUUACUGUUGUUCACAAAGUAAAAGUCCUCCACAGUGUUUUGAUCCAGUCACCUGGAGUUGCUAAUUACCAGAUCUCUUCAGUCAGGUGGUAUAAGUAAUUAGUGAAAUCAGCCUCGCCGAGUUUGUGGGUGAAAGAAACGCACACCUGGCAGGAGUUAUACUUUCCCCCAUCUCAGAGGCUCUGCGUAAUCUCAGAUAGAGUCUGCAUCAUCUCAGGGUCUGCAGCAACUCAGAGGCUCUCAGAGAGUUUCCAGUGUCUCUGGAGAGUCUGCAGCAUCUCAGUGAAUCAUCUGCAACUCUGCUGUAGGUUGCACUGGCCAACCAAGUGUCCAGCCUCUAGAAGGUUCCUUCCAUUCCUCAGUGCUCUUAAACGUAGGAGCUUCUGGUCGGCUUUGCCGGCCUGCCUGUAUCCUACGCUGGGUCAGGGUGUAGGAUCCCGUUCCUCAGAUCGCGGUACUCCAGGGCCGAGAACCUCUGGUUUUUCCUGACCUCCCUUUACCUGGCAGUCCAGUAGCACAAACUGUCAGGUUAAAUUGCCUUGUGGGAGGAAAACCAGGGCCAGAUUUAAGAUUCGAGGGCCAGAUAUGCGUAUAUCGCUGGUGUAGGACAUCCGCGGGCACAGUAUUGCUCUUGGUCGUGGUUCGACACAACGCGUCUCGCUUCAGCUCAAACAGAAGGGAGACGUGACGGAUGUGGAUCUGGCUGGUGUGUAGAAUCAGUGGCAUGAUCAUGUACACGUCGACCUCAUCAUCAGUGCCUUCCCAGCAAACCCAAAAAUAUGGAUCACGUUGUUCCUCCAUUUGAAGUGGAGACAUCUGUGGGAGCUUUAUUAGCUGGGUUAAUGUGACUGAGAAUGUAUGAAGUUUGUCUGAAUCAUAGACAUGGUGGACUGUGUAUUGCUGCAUUGGAUGUACAGUUUGAUUUAGCUUUAUUUUAUUUUAAGGUAGAUGACAAGGUUUUUUUUUUUUUGUGAUGUUCAGUAGUACCAUUUUAUUACCCUAAGGGAACAUGGAUGGACAAUUGCAUUAUGAAUGUGAAAAAUAUUAAUUGUAUAUUUAUGGAAAAUUAUGUUUUAAUUUUGUAUUAAAGUUUGAAUGAUUCUGGGGGUCAGCUCUGUA